AGCUGUGAAAACAUAUAUAAUAGUCUAUUUGCUUUAAAAAAUGUUGUGUCUUUUUAUCUAUUAGAGAGCAGAAAGACAAACUCGAAUUAUGGAUUCAGCUCAAUAUGCAGAAUUCUGUGAAAGUCGACAGCUAAGUUUCUCCAAAAAAGCUUCCAAAUUUCGAGACUGGUUGGACUGCAGCAGUAUGGAGAUAAAACCCAAUGUUGUCGCAAUGGAAAUCUUAGCAUAUUUGGCAUAUGAAACUGUGGCACAGUUAGUGGAUCUGGCUUUGCUUGUGAGGCAAGACAUGGUAACUAAGGCAGGGGACCCCUUCAGCCAUGCCAUUUCUGCAACCUUCAUUCAGUAUCACAACUCUGCUGAGAGCACUGCAGUCUGUGGUGUUGAGGCUCACAGCGAUGCCAUCCAGCCCUGCCACAUCAGAGAGGCCAUUCGACGCUACAGCCACAAGAUUGGCCCGCUUUCCCCAUUCACAAAUGCCUACCGCAGGAAUGGGAUGGCUUUUCUAGCCUGCUGAUGUGACAACUGUGAUGUGCCCGCAACAACAGGAAAGGCAGUGUUAUAUUAAGGUGAUUUCUUGUGAACAAAAUAAAAUACAAAUUUACCUUUCUUUUAUCUGAGGGAGUAGGCUGGUUUGUUGUGACUACCAACUUGCUGACUCCUGCUCUUUUCCAGCCCCACAACCAUCAGUCUUGUUUACUAGAUGGGCUGUUCAGCUAAUUAAUGGCAGGAUGUUUAGGAUAGUGUGUAGGUGGACAAGAAUGCAGAUCACACAGUUUUGAAAUUUUAAUUUGAGUAGAUUUACUGCCCUCAGUUCACAUAAGCAGUGGUUGCCCCCGUCCAGUCUUUUGUCAGUGUUUUAUUUGAUACAUUUUAUAAUCCAGGUUUGGAACAAGGAAACAAAAUUAAAAGGACAGUGAGUUUUUGCCUUCCCUUAUACCAUCAACUUGACUUUCCAACAUUUGUUGACUACAUGUAUUUAAUUGACAGCUAUCCACUUUAUAAACUUACAGUAAUCAAAGAUUUAACAGACCCGCUAAAUCACCUGUUCCCACCUCCUUUCCUCUUCACUCCACUUACGGUAUGUGUCAUUUUCGCUGCCUUCUUCCCAACUUCCUGCCAUCUGCCUUUCAUGUGUGUUUUUCCUCACACAGAACCUCUUCCUCCAUCUUCAUUUCCCUCCUUUUCCUGUUCCUCCAAUCCCCAGACCCACCACUCCUGCACAUGCCAUACACAUUUAGAAGCCAAGGAUUCAGAAUUAAUAGAAGGAGAGCAGAGCGAUUUCUUGCUUCCUCCCUUCAAAGCACUACCACACCUAGACUGGAAAUGUGGGCUGGGUAAUUUCUUGCUGUUAGCAGCCAAGCUACCCUUCUGGCAUCUAUACUUUCUCCAGUAAAUGAGGAACCGUAACUCCUCGGAACAAACCAAAAUAUAGCAGAUGUAAGUGUACAGUUCCUGAUUAAACUUCAGUUGCAAGAAAAGAAAGUUAUUUCUUUAAUUCUGUGGGAGUUUUGUAUAAUUUUACUUUUAUCAUGGAUUUUAUACACACUUGAAACACUCUCUCUAAAGAAUAAAAACAGAAAUGAGAAA